AUGAUCGAGGCGAGCGGGCUGAGCAAGUACUACGGUCCGUUCGUGGCCGUGCAGCACGACAUCUCAUUCAAAAUUCCGCAGGGUCAGAUAGUCGCCUUUCUCGGGCCGAACGGCGCCGGCAAGACGACGCUGAUGCGGAUGCUGACGGGGUAUCUGGCGCCCAGCGCCGGCGGCGCGUCCAUUGCCGGCUUCGACGUGCGGACGAGCCGGAUCGAGGCGUCCCGGCGUCUAGGCUACCUUCCGGAGAACGGUCCCCUCUAUCCGGACAUGACGCCGCUGGAGCUGCUCACCUUCUGCGGUGAGGCCCGCGAGCUGGGUCCGGCGCUCAAGAGUCGGAUCGAGGAGGUCGUGGACAUCUGCGCGUUGCAUCUCGUGAUCGAGAAGCCGGUCGGCAAGCUGUCGCGCGGGCUCAAGCAGCGCGUCGGACUGGCGCAGGCGCUGCUGCACGACCCGGACGUACUCAUCAUGGACGAGCCGACGGCCGGGUUGGACCCGAACCAGAUCCGCCAGUUCCGCGAGAACAUUCAGGGCCUUGGACACACGAAGACGCUGCUCAUCUCCACGCACAUCCUGCACGAGGCCGACGCGGUCGCGGACCGGGUGCUCCUGGUCAACAGCGGCCGUCUGGUGUUCGACGGGCAGGUGAGCGAGCUCGAAGAAGACGGCUCGAUCGAGGAGGCGUUCUACCGGUUGACGAAUCACGGUGCUCCGCUGCCACCGAACGAGCCUGCCGCCGGGAGCAUCGAGGGGCAACAGCCAUGA